AUUGGUUAGUUGUUUUGUGGUCCAGCAGAUUAAGAAUGAAGUUUGAUCAGUUGCCAUUUGGGUUUUGGCAUGUGUUAAGUGAUUUGUAGCUGUGAAGUAUUAACUAAGAUAUCUAAAGUUCAUCUUAAGCAUUGAAAGAAGUGUUAUCCAAAUCUGAGAAGUUUUCAUCCUGUCAUCAUACCUUCUAAGACAACGGUUUUAACACACAGAACUGCUGAAAUAUCAUCCGAGGAGAUACUUGUGGGCUGCAAAAAACAAAGUUUCAACACUAAACGCCAACACAGAAACACAUUGGGACUGUAAAAGGUGUCAAAUCGUGUCAAGAAGCUGCCUAAAUAGAGGACUUGUACAAUGGAUGCCACAAAUGUAAAAACAAGGAUUGAAUAAUAGUGCAUUACUGUAUAGAGGAAUUCAACACUGUUUGCAAGGAGACUGUGUAUCAGAGGCUAUUACAGUUAGAUCUGAAGCUUUACAACCAUGUCUCCAUUCCUGAGGAUUGGCUUUUCCAGCUUUGAGAUGGACCCAGGACUUGCCUACCAUGAGGAAGUUCUCAAUCCAUACUGUGCCGUCUACAUGAAAGAGGCUGUAGAGACUGAAAAGGGCCAGGUGUACAAGCAGAAGCGGCCCACUAUGUAUCCCCCCUGGAACAGCACGUUUGAUGCUCACGUCCACAAAGGACGAAUGAUGCACGUGGUGGUCAAAGACAAAACAGCCGAGUUAAAGACAGAGGCUACCGUCCAGCUAGACACCCUGGCCUCACGCUGCAAGAAAGAAAACGGCAAACUGGAGAUCUGGGUGGAACUGAAGCCACAGGGUCGCUUAUUAAUGGAAGCGCGGUAUUUUUUAGAGAGGAGUGAUGCUAUAGGUCAUGGUGAAGGAGAUGGAGAGAGUGACCGGGAUAAAGAUGGGAUGUUCGCCCUGCAUCAAAGACGGGGUGCGAUCAAACAAGCUAAAGUUCAUGUGGUCAAAUGUCACGAGUUUACCGCCACCUUCUUCCCUCAGCCGACCUUCUGCUCUGUCUGCAAGGAGUUUGUCUGGGGCCUGAAUAAACAAGGAUAUCAGUGUCGACAAUGCAAUGCUGCCAUCCACAAAAAGUGUAUUGACAAAGUCAUCGCCAAAUGCACAGGCUCAGCUAUAAACAGUAAAGAAACCAUGAUCCACAAGGAGCGCUUUAAGAUUGACAUGCCACAUAGGUUUAAAGUUUACAACUACAAGAGUCCAACAUUCUGCGAGCACUGCGGGACCUUGUUGUGGGGUCUUGCACGUCAGGGCCUUAAAUGUGAAGAGUGUGGGAUGAACGUUCACCAUAAAUGUAAGAAAAAAGUUGCUAACCUUUGUGGCGUCAACCAGAAGCUAAUGGCAGAAGCUCUGGCUAUGAUUGAGAGCACUCAACAGGUCAGAGAAAGCACGCAAGCUGCAUCAUUUACCAAAGCUCGUAGCUCCCAAAGUACAGAAACUGUUGGGCGUGAAGGGCCGUUGACCAUAGGUCAGGUAGGGGUCACCACAGAGCCUUCAGGCCAGUUACCAAUAUCUCCUCUUUCACCUGCGCCUGCCCUACCACGCAAAGAGCAGCAAGGUAUUGCAUGGGAAACCCCGACUGAAGGCCGCAAGCUAAGUCUCACAGAAGUGACUGAGCCAUUGUACGCCACCCCACGCAAAGAGCACCACAAGUUCACCUUUGACAACUUCACUCUAAAUAAGAUGCUGGGCAAGGGUAGCUUUGGAAAGGUGUUUCUUGCGGAGUUGAAGGGUACUGGACAGUUCUUUGCAGUGAAGGCUUUAAAAAAAGAUGUGGUUCUGAUGGAUGAUGAUGUUGAAUGCACUAUGGUGGAGAGGAGGGUGUUAUCUCUGGCCUGGGAACACCCUUUCCUUACACACCUCUACUGCACAUUCCAGACCAAGGAAAAUCUUUUCUUUGUGAUGGAGUACCUAAAUGGGGGCGACCUAAUGUUUCACAUCCAGACCUGCCACCGAUUUGACAUCCCACGGGCCACGUUUUACGCUGCAGAGAUCAUCUGUGGGCUGCAAUUUCUACAUUCUAAAGGCAUUGUGUACAGAGAUCUUAAGUUGGAUAACGUCUUGCUGGACACUGAAGGCCACAUCAAGAUAGCAGAUUUUGGCAUGUGUAAAGAGAACAUGUUUGGAGAAGCUAGAACAUGCACUUUUUGUGGAACACCAGACUACAUCGCUCCUGAGAUUUUGCUCGGGCAGAAAUAUGGAACCUCUGUAGAUUGGUGGUCAUUUGGUGUCCUUCUUUAUGAGAUGCUGAUCGGUCAAUCCCCCUUCCACGGAAACGAUGAAGAAGAGUUGUUUCAGUCGAUUCGUACAGAUGACCCUUGCUACCCACGCUGGCUGACCAAAGAUGCACGGGACAUUCUUGUUAAGUUAUUCGUGAGGGAACCGGAGCGCAGGCUAGGUGUUAAAGGAAUUAUACGGCAGCAUGCUUUCUUCAGAGACACAGACUGGAAUGCACUGGAGAAUCGGCAGGUGGAACCACCCUUCAAGCCCACUGUGGCUUCACCCAGUGACUGCAGUAACUUUGAUAAGGAGUUUAUAAACGAGAAGCCCCGACUUUCCGCUGCAGACCGUACCCUUAUCAACAGUGUGGACCAGAGCAUGUUCAACAACUUCUCCUUCAUUAACCCUGUUAUGACCCGCCUCAAGAACCAAUGACCCAUACGUUUAUCAAAAAACAUUUCUGAACAUACUGUGAACAGCUUAAAAACAUGAAACACUCACAUCUAGAUCACAACUAAAUAGUCUUUAAUCAUGCUCUUAUUGUGUUAUGGACGGUGGAGUCCAUUGAUGCGUCCUCACAUUUGAAGCGUGAGAUUGAACUUUUUACAGUCCUGCUCUAACACAAGGAAAUUUUCUACUGAAUUUAUUUGAAAAGCAUAUUGCUGCACUAUCUUUAGUCAUGCUGAUCAUAUUGUUAAUUUGAAUCUCAACAUAUCUUAAACCUGUAAUUCACAUAAUAUUAUGUCAUCCAAUGAAGAGAAAAAUAUGCUAAAAAACAUACACAAAAUUCAGAUUUUAAGCUAAAGAUUGUGUAUCAUGUUAAAUAACUGUAUCAGAUCAUCUCAUCAAUGUGUUUAAUAUUUGGGUUGAAAGUAUUUAACUUUUUAUCAAGAUGUAUUUGUUGGGUAGUGCAUCAUUUUAUUUUGAUCCGUUUGUUUUAUUUUUGUCAUAAUAAAUGUGCGGGUGUCCAUAUCUGCUAUAACUGGUUUUGUAAUGUGUUCUAAAAUAUUGCAUUGAAAAGAAUUUCAUAGAGACGUGUGUAGUUUAAAGUGUCAAAAAAGAAUGUAGGUUGCUCAGAGUUCUUGUUUUUGUAAAAGGAUGAAUUUCUAAAAUGAUGUGGUGUACAUAAAAACGAAAGUAGGAAAACACAGUUUGUCAUUUCAAAUUCAUUUUUCCUGUUUAUUAAAAAACUGAUAAGAGGGGUGCUAUUCUAUGUCACCAAAUUUGAAGUGAUCACAAUUUUGACAUUGUUU